AAGUUCAGACAUAGCCAUCCCCAAUUUAGAACUGUCGAUCAGAAAAAACAGAAAAAAAAAAAGGACUUACUAGUGACAGUUAUAAUGGCUGCAUAGUUCAAGAUGCGGAGCUUGUUCAGCGCCAUUUCGGGCGUCUAGCCUUGGGAACUCCGAUAUUUCUUUUAUCAGUAAAGUGGUAGCAAUGUUGUGUUUGUUCCAGUGGAAUUCCUUCAGGUGUUUUCUACUCUUUAUCUGAUUGUGCGAAUGCGCUUUUACACGCAAGAGUAUGUAGCUUUUACAGAUCACCACUAGAAGUCCACCACACGAAGAACAGGUCCAUCAUUUGUUGUCAAGUGUUUUUAGAAGGAAUACAAAAAAGCAUCGCUUCAUGAUGACGUACACAGUUUGGACUGUUUUGACACUGGCCGCUGUAAUAGUUUUUUGCACGGGCUCUGACCCUUAUUGUCCAAAUCCCGUCUAUGAUCUAUGCAAAUGCAACAUUCGACAAAACAGGGUUAUCGUCAGUUGUUCUGAUAUUAUAAUCAAGAAACAAAUACAAGUAAUUCUUGAAAAUUACCACAAUAUUCAUAUAAGUGAACUAAUAUUUAGAGCUUCUGAUAUGAAAGACGUUCAGUGGAAAUGGUUUCAAAAUAUGAAUGUAUCUAAACUGAUACUGGAAGACACUUCAAUUUCUUUUGACGGUAAAUCAGACUCAGUUGACAUGGGGAAAACCUUAAACGAACUUUUUAUUUCGAAUGGAGAGCUUGCUGGUGGUCUAGAUGGUCUUCGUUUGCAAAGUUUUAAAAGGAUUCAACGUCUGUUUCUUUUAUACAUCGAUUUGCCAAAUCUAGCAUCGCACAUUUUCCCAGAUACCUUACAGGUCUUGGAGCUGGUCGAAAACAAUAUUUCAGAUUUAGUUACUGGACUUUUCUCAAAUCUAAAAGACUUAGAAAGUUUAAGCGUGAAAGAAAAUAAUAUUCAGACAGUACAUAGGAACUUAUUUCCUUCUGUAUGUAAAUUAACACAUCUGGAUAUGAGCUACAACUAUAUUAAACACUUGCCAAACGACUUUUUCGCUGAAAUGCCUUAUAUUAAACAAGUGAGGUUAGAGCACAAUAAACUGACCACAAUAUCUAAACAGGUGUGGUAUCCUGUAUGGCAUCAACUACAUACUGUGUCACUAAUGGGAAACGAACUGAUUUGUGACGCCAAAAUCCGGUGGAUUUACGAAAGUCUUGAAAUUACCACGAAUCUUUUUGGAACUUGUGACUCUCCUGCUUGGCUUCGGGAUGUUCAUCUACUGUCGUUAAUAUCAGAAGAUCUAGAAUAGGGAUCAUUUGAAGAGUAUUUUAGCAUUUUUUUGAAAUAUCAGAAAAUGUUAAAUAUGAAAUGAAAUCUGCUUUAAUUGUUAAAAAAUCGCUUGUAGUUUAAAAUUUACAUAUUAACUGAAAUAGAUUAGUUCUAAGUGAUUUUAUUUUAAAAAAAUAUUAAUUGUAACCUUCGGUGUGGUUUGUUCACAUAUUUAAAAAUAUUAUUUUACUAAAAUACAUAAGUCCAGAAUCAUGGUUUAAAGUGAUAUUAAUUUGGAUGUAAGAUUAAAACACCAUUUCCUGUGAACUGUUCGUUUCUUCUGCCUAGUUUGGAGACGACGUUUUGGCGUCUGUGCUGAGUACUAUAUCUGCACAGAGCCCGAAACGUCAUCUCCACAACUUGAUAGAAGGAAGGAGCAGUCCAUAGGAAACUACUAAGAAUGUCAACACACUGCGAAAAGUAUAAUUUAAAAGUAAAAUGAAAAGACAUAUUUUCUGUAUUUCAUUCCGGUUACUAGAUGUACUGAAGUGAGUCUGAACGUAAUAAAAGCAAUAAAGAAGAAUUGCGUAAAUUUUCAAAA